UAAAGCAGUAGAUUUGCAAUCAAUGUAAUGAUUCUGAGUGGAGUCUGAACUUAGCAUCAACAAGCACAAAUACCAGCGGGGUGAUUUGUCCAUGCUGGGUAUUAUAUUGCAUUCUAUUAGGUCAGAUCUCGGGAAAGUUUCCUUGUACGGUGCCAUCUGGGUCUGAGAUUCAUAUUUGAUCAAGCGUUGACGCGCCGCUACCUAUUUGACGUGAACCCCCAUUUGCAAUUUGACUCCCGAGGAUUUCCAUGUACUUUGGACAUGCACAUGGAAAUUCCGGAGCUGCCUCUCCCUGUGACUGAACACAUGCAUGUGUCUUAUCGUGGCUUUCCCGACUAACCCAUAACUGGACUAGCGUGCCGUGGAUAACGCCUGAAUAACCUCGGUCUGACGAAGCCGCGCCGCUACAAGCAUCAUCGCAUCUUCUGGAAUACCGAGACCGGGACGACAAAAGCAAAAACAACCACCAAUUCUGCCCCUUCUGCCAUUUGAAACCCGUCCAUUCGGCACGCAUAAUACCCUUUUGACGGUGGAUCUAGAAAACCGCCUCGUCUUGCUGGCUGGAAGUGAGUGGCAACGGCGCGCCAGAGUAAUCGUCACGUCAAGUGGAUAGACCCGCGUGCAGACACGACCAGCGAAUAGACGCCUCACAUCUCAUCUGCAUUGAAACGGCUGCUACCCAACGAGGCAACGAUAGUCCCCGAGCGAAACGCAACGUCCAUUGUAUAUAAUCGGAGCUUCCCCGCCGGACCAUGGGCAAAUCAUCCUCCAAAACCAUAAUGGACACAAAGGUCCUCCCCCUCAUCCCUCUCGCCCCUCCGCUCGCCGUCCUCCCCUCCACAACCCUCAAGAUCCCAAUCGCGAACCGCUCUGAUAUCGCUGCUAUUCUUGCCAAGAUCUAUUCUAUCUCACCGAAUGCACGACCCGAUGCCGCCAUCACCGUUGCCUGUGUGCCGCUCAACUCACUGCAUGUGGCACCUUCCGAUGGGAAACUGCUGAUCGAUGAUGGGAAGGAGAAGGAAGGAGAGGCGUACCAGAUAGAUCCCGUACACGCGACCAGGAGGGAUGUCUUUGGGUAUGCGUGCGUGGCAAAAGUCAGUGGUGUGCAGGGGAGACGGCAGGGAGAGCUGAGUUUGGUGGUCGAGGGACUGGAGAGGGUAAAAGUUGUGGAUGUUGUACAGGAGAGGCCAUAUUUUGAGGGUGUGUUGGGUUCCUGUGAGGAAUUCGUUGAUGUCACCAGCUCGGAACUCGCGGAGCAGUUCAAUCAGUUGAAGCAGCUUUCGAGAGAAUUGCUCGCCCUCGUCCGGCUAUCCUCGAUACUACCUCGAACGCCGAAUGUUUCGCUAUCGCCGCUCGUAGCCCGAAGAAUGGAACUAUUUAUACAGCGGAAGGAUAUUGCCGAAGCUGGAAUAUUAGCAGACUUCAUGGCGAAUGUGGUGGAUUGCACCCAUGAGGAGAAACUACGAAUUCUUUCGGCUUUGGACGUCAAAGAUCGAGUGGAUCGUGUGAUAGAGGUCUUGCAGAGGCAGAUUAGCAGUAUCCAGGGUAACACACGGAUAGCCAUUAGCACGGCAACGAUGACGAGUCCAGUUGGAAAUAUCGAUAUCGACCAAUUGAGACGGUUGCAGCAAGAGGCAUUGUUGAGAAGAGGAAAGAUGGGAGCUCCCGCGGGUAUGCCCAAUCUUCCCGGCGGUUUCUCCAGUGGCGGAGGAGCAAAUGUGGGAGACGAUGAGCCCAACGAGAUUGAAGAGCUGAAGAAGAGGCUAGAUGACGCAAAACUAUCCCCUGACGCGGACAAGGUCGCGCAACGUGAGCUACAGAGGUUACAGAAGAUGAACCCGGCACAGGCGGAGUACCAAGUGUGCAGGAAUUACCUCGAGAAUCUUGCAGAGAUACCUUGGACAAAGAUGACAGUUGACCAGUUGGAUGCGAAGACUUUGGUUAGGGCACGCGAGCAGCUCGACAAUGAUCACUACGGCCUGGACAAGAUUAAGAAACGGUUGCUGGAGUAUCUAGCUGUACUGAAGCUCAAGGAGCAGGCGAAUCGUACAAUCGACGAGCAGAUUCGCGCGUUGACAGAGACGGCACAUCCCAAGGAGGAAAAAGAGGCCGAUGCUGGAGACAAACCCGCCCCGGAGCCAUCAAGCGAAGAGUUGGGUUUGCUCGAGAAGAAGCGUAUGGUCGAUAAGUCACCCAUCAUGCUGCUCAUCGGGCCACCUGGAACCGGAAAGACAUCGCUUGCAAAGUCCAUCGCUACAGCCCUAGGACGCAAGUUUCACCGCAUCUCGCUGGGCGGCGUCCGUGACGAAGCUGAGAUUCGCGGACAUCGCAGAACGUAUGUCGCUGCUAUGCCAGGAUUGAUCGUUUCCGGUUUAAAGAAGGUCGGAGUUGCUAACCCUGUCAUUCUGUUGGACGAGAUCGACAAACUGAGUGGAUCAAAUCACAAUGGCGACCCCAGCGCUGCUAUGCUUGAAGUGCUUGAUCCAGAGCAAAACCACACUUUCACAGAUCACUAUGUCAACAUCCCUAUUGAUCUGUCCAAGGUUCUCUUCAUUGCUACAGCGAACAGCCUGGAGACAAUACCACCGCCGCUGCUGGACCGCAUGGAGACCAUCCAAUUGAGCGGUUACACGACAUUGGAGAAACGACACAUCGCCGAACGACAUCUUAUUCCCAAGCAGAUUACUACUAAUGGUCUACUAGCCGAGAACAUUGAGAUUCCCGUCGACGUUCUUGAUAAGGUCAUUAUGUCCUACACCCGCGAAUCCGGAGUGCGAAACCUGGAGCGCGAGAUUGGUUCCGUCUGUCGCUCCAAAGCCGUCGAAUACGCAACCGCAAAAGACACCGACACACUCUCGGCAUACAACCCGGUCGUCACGCUCUCGGAUCUUGACGCUAUUCUGGGGAUUGAAAAAUUUAGCGAGGAACUCACUGAGCAGCACUCGCGCCCUGGCGUCGUCACAGGUCUCGUCGCAUACAGCACUGGCGGCCAAGGUAGCAUCCUCUUCAUAGAAAUUGCAGAUAUGCCUGGAAAAGGCCGCGUCCAGCUCACCGGUAAGCUCGGUGACGUGCUCAAGGAGUCUGUCGAAGUUGCCCUCACUUGGGUCAAAGCACAUGCCUUCGAGCUCGGCUUGUCAUCAUCUGUCGACGAAGAUAUCAUGAAGAACCGUGCCAUCCACGUCCACUGCCCCAGCGGCGCUAUCCCCAAGGACGGUCCUUCCGCCGGUCUCGCGCAUACUAUCGCUCUCAUCUCGCUCUUCUCCGGAAAGCCGGUGCCCACGACUCUUGCUAUGACUGGCGAGGUAUCGCUGCGUGGCCGCGUCCUGCCCGUCGGCGGUAUCAAAGAGAAGCUUAUUGGGGCUCUUCGAGCUGGCGUCGAACGCGUAUUGCUACCUGAAGGUAACCGCAAAGACGCCAGGGAUCUACCAGAAGAGGUUACCAAAGGAAUGCAGAUUGAGUUCGUCAGCCAUAUUUGGGAGGGCAUUGGACUUGUUUGGCCGGAGAGGUGGGGUGGCGAGAGGGGAGUGGGCUGGGAGAGUCGGUUGUAG